AUGAACACAUUCAUGAGCGGUAAUGGAUCUCAAGCAUUGAGAUUCUUCAAAUACGUCCCAUCACUAGCACCAGCUGCCGUAUCAAUUGCGCUAUACAGUCUUGUGGCUAUAUACUUGACUGUUCGCAUCUUCAUGUCCAAAAGCCCAAGAUUCUUGUACAUUCUGCCGCUCACUGCCAUAGUGAUAGUCGUUGGGUUUGCAUUCCGUAUUCUGUGCCAUUUCUACACUGAUCUAAACAGAUUCCUCGCCAUGACAUUGCUACUAUUGCUUGCCCCUAAUGCCUUGGCCCUCGUCAAUUAUAAAGCAGUUGGCGAAAUUAUUCGAUUAUCAAACGUCAAGACAAAGUAUUUCUUUCUUCGUCCUCGAUUCGUUACUUGGUUCUUUUUCAGCAGUGAUUUCUUAGCAUUCUUUUUGCAAGGCGCUGGUGGAGGAUUACAAUCUAAUUACAAGUAUAAAGAUAUUGCUGUUGCUAUUACUAUGGUCGGUUUGGCUACUCAACUUUUCUUCUUUGCUUGCUUUGCCGGUAUCACUUUUUAUGUUCAACGCAACCCCAAAUAUCAAUACUAUGUUGAGGGUCAGCCUGAUCCCAAGAAGAAAUUGAUCUGGUGUCUCUAUGUCACUAUUGGCCUCCUCUACGUUCGUUCCAUCUAUCGUUUUGCAGAGUAUGCUACUGGCUAUGGUGGUCCUAUUGCUGUUCUGGAAUGGGCCUUUUACGUUUUUGAUACUAUUGCCAUCUUUCUUAGUUUCCUUGUCUACUGCGUCUUCUUUAUUGGAAACUACCUGCCAAAAUACAAUGCACCUUCUCAAUCACCGGGUGGGGUUGGUAGCUCAAGUAGCCAAACAUUGAAAGGCGAUGUCGAAAGUGGUGAAAAAGUAUAA